AUGGCGGCGAGGGAGACCGGCGGGAUGGCGGUGCGGUGCGCCGGGAGGAUCGGGGUUGCGGCAUCCGUGGCGGUGAACCUCGCCCUGCUCGUGAUGUACAUCCGCCGGCGCUACUUCGGUGGGAGCCGAUCCGGCGAGGAGAACACGGUGGAGCCGUCCAAAGGCAAGCCGCCGGUCACCCCCGACUCUGUCGUGAACCUCGACCAUGGCGACCCGACUAUGUACAAGAAAUUCUGGAAGGGGAUAGGACACCGUGCGACGAUAGUGAUCCCUGGAUGGCAGACGAUGAGCUACUUCUCCGACCUCAGCGGCUUCUGCUGGUUCGUCGAGCCCGGGUUCGAACGCGAGGUGCGCCGCCUCCACCGCCUCGUCGGCAACGCCGUGGUCGAAGGGUACCACUUGCUCGUCGGGACCGGAUCCACGCAGCUCUUCCAGGCAGCGCUCUAUGCGCUCUCGCCUGCUGAAGAUGGCAAGCCCAUGAGCGUCGUCUCGCCCGCGCCUUACUACUCGUCCUACCCAUCGGUGACUAACUACCUCAACUCCGGGCUCUACCGCUGGGAUGGCGAUGCCAAUACCUUUGAUGGCGACACCUGCAUCGAGCUCGUCUGCUCACCGAACAACCCUGAUGGCGGCAUCCGAAAACCCACCGUCAAGGCCAAGUACGGGAAGACAAUCCAUGACUUCGCCUACUAUUGGCCGCAGCACACCCCCAUCACCGAGGCAGCUAGCCACGACAUCAUGCUGUUCACCGUUUCUAAGUGCACUGGACAUGCUGGCACAAGGCUAGGGUGGGCGUUGGUGAAGGACACGGAGGUUGCCCAGAAAAUGAUCAAGUUCUUGGAGCUAAACACCAUUGGUGUGUCCAAGGACUCGCAACUUCGUGCUGCAAAGAUCCUGAAGGCUGUUUGUGAUGGCUAUGAGCUAUCGCCCGCUAGCGAGGCAAACCGCCUCUUCCAUUUUGCUCAGCGGAAAAUGGCAGAACGCUGGAGCAGACUUCGUGCUACCGUGGCAGCCUCAGGCAUCUUUAGCCUCCCAAAUGAGCUCUCUGGGUACUGCACUUUUGCUAAGGAGAUAGUGGCAGCUAAUCCUCCAUUUGCAUGGCUCCGUUGCCACAAGGAUGGUGUAGAAGACCUGGAGGGUUUUCUACGUGAAAACAAAAUAAUGACUCGAGGUGGACCAAAGUUUGGUGUGGAUGAGAGGGUUGUGAGGGUCAGCAUGCUUGACACAGAUGAAGCCUUCGACGUGUUCAUCAAUCGUGUUGCCUCCUUAAAGUGAAGCCAUGAAUGCCUUCAAAAACUACUGUCGUGAUUGCAAGCAUGAGAUGCUAUUAAUGUUGCUGAUUUAAUGGAAGAAUGUACUAGCCAAUUUCAAGUUCAACUUUUGCAUGUUGCGAGA